CGCUUCCUGGAAGCGUCUUUGUGCCGCUGGAGCCUGCGCGCAGGGGCAGGCGGGGCCGAGGCAGGCGGCACUUCCUGUGCUGCCGGGAGCGAGCGCAGCCGGCGGCUCCGACCCGCGCGCCGCAUGGAGUGACCGCGGCCGGGACAGCGCAGGGAGCACACCCACCCGCCCGAAUUGCUGCGAGUCCCAGGCGGGCCCCAGGCUGCUGCGGGGCAUUGCUCUAUAGAAGAUGCACUAUUACCGAUACUCUAAUGCAGAAGUCAGCUGUUGGUACAAAUACCUGCUCUUCAGUUACAACAUAAUCUUCUGGCUGGCUGGAGUUGCCUUCCUUGCAGCUGGGCUUUGGGCAUGGAGUGAAAAGGGUGUACUGUCUGAUAUAACAAAGGUAACCCGUCUCCACGGCUUUGAUCCAGUAGUGCUUGUCUUGAUUGUUGGAGUAGUGAUGUUCACCCUGGGAUUUGCUGGCUGUGUAGGAGCACUGAGAGAGAACAUCUGCCUUCUGAAGUUUUUCUGUGGAACAAUUGUGUUCAUCUUUCUGUUGGAGCUGACUGUGGCAGUACUAGCUUUCUUGUUCCAGGACUGGGUGAGGGAGAAGUUCAAAGAAUUCUUUGAGAUCAACAUUAAAUCGUACAGGGAUGAUAUUGACCUUCAGAACCUCAUUGAUUCACUGCAGAAGAUUAACCAUUGCUGUGGUGCUCAGGGUCCAGAAGAUUGGGAUCUUAACAUUUACUUCAACUGCAGCAGUGAAAGCAAAAGUCGUGAGAAAUGUGGGGUUCCUUUUUCCUGCUGUGUACCUGAUCCUGCUCAAAAGGUUGUGAAUACACAGUGUGGAUAUGACAUCAGAAUGCAGAGUAAAAAUAAAUGGGAUAACUUAAUUUUCACCAAGGGUUGUAUCCCUGCUCUUGAAGCCUGGCUACCAAGAAACAUCUACAUUGUUGCAGGAGUAUUCAUAGCAAUCUCAUUGCUACAGAUUUUUGGGAUUUUCCUGGCCAGGACGCUGAUUUCUGAUAUUGAAGCUGUGAAGGCAGGGAAUAAUUUCUGAAGAUGAAAGCAGGCACCCACUGUGAAGACAAGUAUAUUUCACUGCUAUUAAUUGGAAAUAAAGGUCAAAGAGACAGACACGUGCAGGCCUUGAAGUACUCCUGGUUUAAAAGCCUUAUUUCUAUAUCAUCUGGCUCUUAUCCUGCUUCUGCUUUUCUGCCUCAAGUUGGUGCAGAAAGAGAUCACCCAGCACCAUAUCUGUAUUUCUUAUUUUCCAGCGGAAGACUCAAGCACUAAAAUUACAUCUUUUUUUAUUACUGAAGAGGCAAGAUUCCAAGAAUGAGACACAGACUUAGAUGUUAGCAAGCAGAAAUGGAAACUGUUGUAAACUCUUCUCAUGACCAACUUUGUUACUAUAGGGGCCAUUCUGUCUUGACUUCCUGUUAUCCCUAUAAGAGGUUAGAAAUGUUACGUUUGCAACUUGAGUGAUAACUUCAUCUCUUGCAUUGUUUGCUAUAGUCCUAGAAGCAGGUGUCAUAAAGAUCUAUGAAGAUGAGACUGGUAAAAUAGGAAAAGAUGGUAUUGUCAAAAUAUUGCAACCUAUUCUGGAGGCAUCAAGCAUUUCAUUGUCUCCUAUUUGAAUAGAAGGUCAAUGCAGUUAUGUGGUAAGAUAAUUAGUAGUCAUGAUAGUCUUGUUAGAAAAUUUGAAAAAUCACUAAAUAGGUAAUAAAGCAUUGACUGUGCAGAAGCAGGGAAUAUUUCAGAUGAUCAGAGGUAACACAGAUAUUUCAGUUGCAGGAACUUGUGCUUGAAACCAGGAACUGAAUGACAGAAGCCAUUUUGAAAUUGCUUAUCUACAUGUAUUCCUCAAGAAAAGAAGAAAUUGUAAUUGUACAUUGAUAGCAUUAUAUGUUGGAAACCUUUUCUUUCAGGAUUUGGAGGGGUUAGAGUCUCUGUUUCUCCUUCUUGGAAGCUUGUAAAUAUUUUUUAUUUAUGCGGGGGGGACUUUCUGAAUUGCUUAAACCUUUUUAACUUUUAAAAAGGUGCUGUCUGCUGGGCUGAGGACAUUUCAAAAUGCUGUUAAGUCCCAGAGAUGGCUAGAGAUGCUGUAGUCCAGAUUUAGCCUCGGAUCUAAUAUCUCCCAGACCCAAUGCACUGCGCAUUGUCAUUUUUAAAAUCCCCUUCACCCAUUUUCUGAGACUUCUGAUUGCUAAUGGUAGAGCUAAAAAAACCCUUCAAGAACUCAAAACCAUGCAUGUAACCCUGUGAUUCAUGGUAUUUCUGGCUA